UCUACGAACUUCCUUAACAUAUACAUUAUUGUUGUGUAUCUCCAUUAACUUCAUCAAUUUCGACCUCAAUUGACGAAUCUUAAGAACUCCCUCAGUACUCCACCUCCAACUUCCUUCGGCUAUAUCUCAGGCCACCGUGGCUAGUAAACCCUCACCGCGAGACCCCAACUCAAUAUCUUACACCAUUGCGCAUCUAUACCUUUACCCCACUUCGUCCUGCGUCGCAUCACCGACAAAAAUUCGUCAACAAAUACUCUCUCCGACCAACCCUUUGCUUCUAAACUCUGGCGAAAUCUGAUAGAAAAAACUAUUAAAUUCCAUCAUUUAAUGACUCCACUUGGUUUGUACACUUGAAAAGUCGUGGUUUGAUUUUGUGAAAGGGGUUGAAAUAAUUGGAUUCAUCGUUUGGGGAUUCGUCAUUGAACUUGUUCGGUCGAAAGUAGGAAAAAAUGAAUUGAAUUUGGGAUUUGAGAUAGAUGUGAUAUAUGAGAGGAUUUGAAGAGAUGAAGUAAAAUUUAAAUUUUUUAUAAUUAUUUUAAAGAGUUGAAAUUUUAGAUAAUAAUGAUAAGUUGUGUGGUAUUAUAUAAUUUUUCUUUUUAAGAAUCCAAGUAAACUUUAUCCUCAACCAAAGUCGCCUAAUGAAUACUUUAGGGACUAUUUUGAAUCUACUCAAACAUAAGUAACCAUUUCAAAUCUCUCACUACUACUAGCACAAGGAUGAAAUGUGGACGACAAAAGCGAACUGAAUAGUAGUAGUAGUUGAAUUUGAAUUGAAUUGCCGGAGAAGCGACGAAAUCAUCUUCGAAAUUGAAAAUGGGAAGAGGGUUGGGUUCGCAAAAUCUGCCGGCGGACGUGACACAAAUGAUCGAUCAGUUAGACCGGCAUUGCUUAGCCCCUGAUGGAUCUCUCAUCUCCAAAUCCGCUUACUACGAUCUCCAACAAGCGAGAGAAGAGAUGUCAACGGAAAGACAGCGAUACUUGGAAUCCUUAUCAAUAUACAUUGAAGCAACUGCGAUGAUAGAGGAUUACCAGCAGGCUCUUUCUGUGGCGAAUCUUGGUGGUAUUCGUGAUGUCCAGGGUUUAUACUCUCAACUGGGCUUGAAAAACCCUCCUCAGGUUUAUGAGGCUCUUGAGCAUAGGAUGGUUGUUGCAGAAGCAGCACAGAGAUUGAGGCUUCCUCUUAUAUCCAAAAACGGUGAGAUUCACGAGGAGGAUAUUGAAAAGUGGAGUACACUGUCAAGAAGUUCUUUUGAUAGCACAAGCACCAGCAUUACAUUAAGCUCGAGUGCAACUGCGGUUGGAGCUGUUGCUACAGCAAGCAGUGCUUCUACUACCAGUACAACUGAUGCAACAGAAGCAGAUGUUGGUGGUGUACCCAAUCGGUUCCUUGGAAUCACGCCUGCAUAUUUAUGGAAAAUUCAACUACAUCAGAUGUCAUCAGUGGACGUGGCAGAAUACCAGAGAUUGCUUUCACGGGAGAUUGGUAGCCGGUUAGAUGCUAAAUGUGAUAAGUUAGCCGAUGCAGUUGCUAUUGAUGACAUUGAUAUAUCUGCUGCCAGUCAAAGUUCAGCUGCCCGACUUCCAGAAAGGGUAAAGUUGAGCACUGAGGAGAUUGAGAGAGAAGAAGAAGCAUGGCGUGAGGAUUUAUAUUCGUCUAACAGAAAAUUUGCAGAAUACUAUAAUGUUUUGGAGCAGAUCCUUGGUGUUCUUAUUAAACUUGUCAAAGAUAUAAAGUUGGACCAUCAGCAUAAAUAUGAUGAACUGCAAAAGACGUGGUUGUGCAAAAGAUGUGAGACCAUGCGGGCAAAAUUAAGAGUUCUGGAACAUAUUCUCCUACUUGAGACUUAUACCCCAGAAACUGUUCCUGCUCUUCACAAAAUAAGGAAAUAUUUGAUUGAAGCAACAGAGGAAGCAUCACUUGCAUAUGAGAAAGCGGCUUCCCGCCUUCGUGAGUAUCAGGGCGUUGAUCCUCAUUUUGAUGAAAUUGCUAGGCAGUACCAUGACAUUGUAAAGAAAUUGGAGAGCAUGCAAUGGACCAUUAACCAAGUUGAAAUGGACUUGAAUCCUUUGCCUGCUCACUUCAGCACCUAAGGCAUCUCUCUCCAUAUUCUGGACAAGGUUCAUGUAAUAUCCAUAGUGUUUUUUUGUAUCAUAGAAACAUGUAUAAAAUUGCUGAUUCUCAUAUUUGGAUUUAUUAAACACUUGAAUAUCGACAUAUAUGAUGUUCUAUAUUUCCGUUUGCUGGACGGUUAAAAA